GGACUUGCCCGGAACAACAGCCUCGUGCCUGGCUUCACCCAGAGGCGAGGGGAAAUCAAAACAGUACUGGACCUGCCCAGGAUGCUACUCCAGCACGGACCCAACUAGACACUCCACACAACCGCUGCCAACAUGUUCAGCCGAGGUUGUGGCGGGCUGGAGCUACUGUUGGUUCUGUGUGGUCUGGACCUGUCUAUGCCUUGCCCCAAAAAGUGCAUCUGCUACACCUCUCCGAGCACCGUUUCAUGCCAGGCGCACGAUAUCAACGUUGUCCCAGAAGGCAUCCCGGCACAGAGCGAGCGGGUGUUUCUCCAGAACAACAAAAUCGAGAAACUCCUGCAUGGACACUUCUCGCCCACUACCACCAUGCUCUGGCUCUACUCCAACAACAUCUCCCACAUCCAGCCCUCCACCUUUCACGGCUUUGACCGGCUGGAGGAGCUGGACCUGGGGGACAAUCGGCACCUAAAGGUCCUGGACGCGGACACCUUCAUGGGGCUGGGGAGGCUUCACGCUCUGCACCUGUACCACUGCGGCCUGAUCACUCUACCCCAGGGGAUUUUCGCAGGCCUCCAUAAUCUCCAGUAUCUGUAUUUGCAGGACAACCAGCUGGAGUUCCUGGAGGACGACUUAUUCAUUGACCUGCUGAACCUGAGUCACCUGUUCCUCCAUGGUAACCGUCUGUGGAGUCUGCGACAGAACACAUUUCGGGGGCUAGGUGUUUUGGACCGGCUCCUGUUGCACCAGAACAAGAUCCAGUGGAUCGACCGACAGGCCUUUCACGACCUGAGACGCCUCACCACCUUGUUCCUCUUCAAUAACUCCCUGACGGAGCUAUCGGGCUCCAGCAUGACCCUGCUGCCUGCACUCGAGUACCUGCGCCUCAAUGACAACCCCUGGGAGUGCGACUGCAAGGCCCUGUCUCUGUGGGACUGGCUGCGGCGCUUUAGAGGCUCCACCUCCGAGCUGUUGUGCACCUCUCCUCCAGAGCUGAAGGGGAAGGACCUGAAAAGCCUCAAGAAGGAGCAGCUGCCCUCCUGCUCCUCUGGGGAGGGGCACCCUCGGCUGCAGGGACACGAGCUGGAUCAAGCCGAAUCUCUCAAUCAUCUCAAUCGUCACCGAAGUCACCACAACCACCACCAGCGGCCCUACCUGCCUCACGGCGACCAGUACAACCUGCCCUCCCCCUCGCCUCUGCCCCGCCCACCGAAGGGGGCCCGCAGAAACUGUACGCGCCGGGGCCGCAAGGCAAAGGGGGGCCUGAACGAGGUGCAGAUCCUCCGAGAUGACAAAGACUACUCUCCAGACGAGGGAAAAUACGACCUGUCUCCAUCGGGACGCAGGAAGAACAAGUGCAUCCCCAGGACUUCAGUAGGCCCCCCCAGUGGGGUCCAGAGGGUCAAUAAUCAGGCCCUGCCCCUCCCCCCUCUGCCCUACCCCUGUCUGACCCUGUCCCUGCUGCUGUCUAUCCUCUCUGUGGUCUUUCACUGAGGAGAUGGUUUGUGUGAUAUAGAAAGCCCUGACUCUCCUCAGACAUGUGCACAAUAGACUCUAUAUAAAGACAGUUUUAAACAUUCUGUUGGGGCUCCUGAUGGACCAACAGGGAUUUACUGAGUCAUAAUUAACAUGUGGAAGUCAGGGACCACUGCUCACCUGAUGUUUGAUGAUGUCACCAUGACAACGACAGGAAACCUCUCUGUGGCAGACAUUACUUCAGUGACUCAAUGUAAACUUAAAGUGUACAGCCACAUUAACUAACAAGCCAAUGACUCAUUCUAUAACACAUAACAAGAGAUCAGAACAGAUCCAGGCACACUAUGUUUAGCUCUGUCACUCGUCACUCAUUCAUUAUGGUCAUAUCGGGAGCCUGCUGCCACUCCAUUGACUCAGAGCUUAAGUUUAAACAAUGGGUUUGUUUAGUUUUACUUCCUUUGAAUUGUCUCAUUGUAUGGUCUUUGUUAAUGCAUCUGACUUCAUGUGCAGCAUCUAUCACUUCUGUAAGCUGUAAAAAAUAGCCAUUAAUCCAGUGAAUUCAUUUGUCUGCUCUGUGCUUUACUUUGAUCUAUAAGCCAUCCUAGCUUAUCGCUAUAUGAGCCAGCCAAUCAUGUUUUAACAGACUAAACAAGCAAUUGGUUGAAAGAGUGAUACGGUUGUCCCUGUUUGUACAAAUGUGUGUGUCCACUAUCGCCACAGAGAAGCAGAGAGCCUGAUGUGUGGCCAAUGAGGGGAAACUUUUCAGCCUCAUUGCCGACCAAACUGAGAACUCAACAAGCUGAGAAUAUAUGGAGUCCAAGGGAGAGGCUCAUAAAUAAGAGAUCCAAUAACUUAGAUGCACUUUUAUGUUGUACAAGGAAAGGUCAGCGGAGACAAUACACAUGCUGACUGCAGUGCUAACACAAAGGGAAGGUUUAAUGGGUAAUGGAAUUGAGAAAUCCACUGAAAUCAGUCAGAAUACAACAUUGUUAGCGAACACAAACGCCAACAUAGACAGUUAAUAAAAGUACUUAUUAGUAGUUUCUCCAACACAUUCAAAAGCGGCAAUAAUUGUCUGUUUGCAUUGGUUUAAACUCGGAAGUUGGAGCCUCUUAGCCUUGAAUUUCUUUACAUUGUUCAAAAAAGGAAGGUCUUAAAGUUCUAGCCAUAAGUUAGCCACCAAUAGAAGUAGUACAGGUCAAAAACCGGGUCACUGAUUUGAGUACUGAGGUGGGAAAGUACAAUAUGGUUGGCAACGGUGCUUGUUGGCAUAAAACAAAAAUAAACCUGACAGCUUGAAAUUCAAAGUAAUCUCAAAAACCUGCAUUAACGUCCUGUGGAUAUUUGAUUAAAAUGUUUUAGUAAAAUCAAAAAGAGAUGAUGAUGGUGCAUUUAUAUGUUAUUGUGUUAAACUUAUCGAAUGCCAAGCUGGCUAACUCCUCCCAUAUCGAGCUACGGUUUGGGAAGUGACGUGCGUUGGACCGAUGAGGACGAACGCAAACCAACGGACUCGAGUGCCAUUUCCUCUCGGCCUGCGCUCCAAACCAGAUGGACUCGCCAAUCUGUAAACCCUGAUUGGACGAUUGGAUUCAGAUUCUGCUGCUACGUUCGCAGAGGGAGCGAAAAUCUUUUUGUAUAUCCGAGGAGGAUUUUUUUUCUGGAAGUCAAGAAAUUGGAUUUGUGCUUGAUCACACACACACACACACACAGUCAUUCCUAUUUUUACCACCAAGAUCUGUACUUGUCCUGUCAUUGGUCCAGAGCUUUUAAUAAAGACUUUAAAACGUGCCCAAAGUACCACAAAUGCUCAUCUUGGUCUCCCACUGGUCAAAUGUGUUACAGAUUUCUAUUUUGAAUAAGCUACCCUGGUAUGCAAUGGAUACAACAGAAGCACAACUAUAUGAUAUGAUCCACUGGCCUAUACAUUUCAAUGGGGUCUUUUCUCUGUGUAUCUAUCUUAAGGACAAGCCGCACUGGUAGGACUGACUGACGCCCCCUACUGGUGACCCGUGUCUGUGCUGCUGAGGUGACGUAAAACUGUGUCUGUUUGUUUCUGUGAGGAAUACUUUUAUAGAAAAUAAAAGCACAAAAACAACAAAAACAAAAUAUGGAGACAUACAAUAGAGGACUGACUCUGUCUCCUGAAAAUACAAGGGAGCGUGCUAUUUUUUAUUUAUAAUGAAGACUAUCCAUUUUUCAGUCUUUUUCACUUCUCGUCCCAGACAGGCAGUUAACAGCACCGUAACCUCCGCAUCCUGUUAUUUUUCUAUCCAUUCUUAUUUCCCGCCAACCUUGUUACCCCGAAAAAUGCCCUUUGUGUACCUUUUAUUUGGUUCAUUUUUUUUCUUUUUUUCCUUUGUGUAACUCCGAUGGUUUGUGUGUGGUUAUCAAACAAUGCCAGACUCAAAAAGCUGUUUCUAAAUAACAUUAAACAGAAAGUGUCCUG